CCAAAUGCCCUGAAAUCACGAACGCGAGCCAAGUCCUCGACACACCUCCAACUCACCCACUCACACUUGCGGGCGGGCCACGAAAGCUGCAUUGCGCCCCCCCGAGUUUCGAGUUCCGCAACACUCACAAAAAAGACAAAACAAAAUGGCAGCCGCGGCCCCCGACACGUCGACGCUCACGAGCUCCGAGCAGGUCUUCACCUCGCACACGCUGCCCCAGAUCCGGGCGAUCCACAAGGCGCUCCACGUCCAGAUCGACGACAAGUCGGCGCGCCUGCGGACGCAGGUGGGCAACAGCUACCGGGAGCUGCUGGGCACGGCGGACACCAUUGUCGCGAUGCGGCACGAGAUGCGCGACGCGCAGGAGAUCCUGGGCGGGAUGGGCGCCGUGUGCGGCCGGGCCGUGAUCGGCGGCAAGGUCAAGAGCGUCAGCCGCUUCCGCGAGCGGAGGGACCAGGCGUCGGAGCUCGGCGUCGUCGCGAGGUGUCGCCUGCUCGAGGCCUGCGGGCUGACGGUAAACAGGCUCAUGAAGAGAACGGGCGGCGCUGGGGAUAAUAACACCGUGUUGGCAGAGGCAUCAGCUGGGGGCAGGACGGGGACGAGGGGUGGCAGGCUGGUGCUGGCUGCCAAGGUCCUUGUGCUGGGACGCCUGCUGGUCUCGAGCUUUGGUAGUGGCCACGACGACACGACACGAGCGGAUGUCAAAGAGGCAAUCGAGGCGGCCAAGAAGUCACUAGCCAGCCUGCGCCGCCGGCUGCUGAAGAGCAUCGACCGGCUUUUGGAAAAGGUCGGCACCCCGACGAGCCGCGCCGAGAUUCUCAACGCCAUGUGCGCGUACAGCCUUGCUUCAAGCUCGGGGGCGAGGGAUGUCAUGUUCCACUUUCUCAAUGUACGGGCCAAGGUUCUGGCAUUCGAGUUCAAUCUAGACGAGCAUGACGCGCACAAGGGGUCGGAGAAUGUGCUCAGGGGCCUCGAUCUGUACACUGGAACAUUACUAGACGUCCAGGCUCUGAUCCCCAACAAGCUUUCCGAGGCGCUGGCAGCGCUCAAGAGAAACCCGUUGCUCUCGGACGAUUCGCUUAAGCUUCUGGAGACUCUACGCCUGGAUAUCUACGAGAGGUGGUGCGGAGACGAUAUCCAUCACUUCACCCCAUUCAUACAACACAACGACCUCGAGGGCAGCCAGGCCAGAGAAAUGCUGCAUGCCUGGGCGGGUAAAGGCGGCGAAACAUUGUUGUCAGGCACCAAGGACACGCUCGAGCACACCUCUGAGUUCAAGGGCAUCAUUGACCUACGGACACGGGUUCUGCAGCACUGGAUCAAGAAUGGAGGCAAGGCGAAAGGUUUCGACCCGUCCGUUGUCCUGGGUGGGCUCCGAAAAGUCAUCAAUGAGCGGCUGCUUGCACUUCUUGACACCAAGGUCUCCAAGCUCCGGCUGGUGGGUUCAGAGGUCUCGGCCACGCUCGAGAGCUGGAAGACAGGGCAGACAGAUCGCCAGCUUGAGCUCUGGGGCAGCGACCUUCUCGACAUUGAUGCCUCCGAAAACGCCAGCCACCUGACGCAAGCCGUCAUCUCGCGACUGCACGGACGCAACGAGGCUGUUUCACGGGCAGUCACAUCCUACCAGUCCUGGUUCCAGCUGAUUGACGACGUGGGCGGGCUAGUCGAGCACCUCAAGAAACAGCGCUGGGACAACGACGUCGAGGAGAUCGAGGACGAAGAGGUGAUUGAGCAGCGGCAGAAGAUGCUGAGCAAGGACGACCCGGAACAGCUGCACCAGCAGCUCGACUCGUCCCUGAGCGAAGGCUUCCGUGCCCUCGAUGCGCACCUGUCCUCCCUGUGGCGGGCACAGAGCGAUGGCGAGAGCAGCGGCUUCGUUGCAAUGUACCUGCUCCGGAUACUCCGCGACAUCCGCGCCAGCCUGCCGGAGCUGGACGCGCUCAAGGACUUUGGCCUCGCCAACAUCCCCGAGCUGCACGACAAGCUGGCGGGGUGUGUCGCCGGCUCGUCGAUCGAGGCGUUCGCGGCCGCGACGCUGCCGAAGCGCAAGGUCGUCGGGCGCGCGCUGUGGGAGGGCAGCCCUCACGCCGCGCUGCCGGUCAACCCGUCGCCUGGUAUCUUCAGGUUGCUGCGAGAUCUGAUGAAGUCUAUGGGCGACGCGGGGCUGGACUUGUGGACGCCCGCUGCGGUGCGGGCGCUCAAACGCACGUUUGCGCAGCGGCUGGUCGUGGUUUGGCGCGAGGAACUGGCGUCAGCGGCCAAGACAAACGGUGUCGAGGAAUGGGCACACGGACAGGACAGCAGUGUUGCCACAGCCACUCAGGACGGCGAAGGGCCAGAUAAGGAGCCCCCGAAUGACCCAGAAGACACGUCCGCGUCAGCCGAGGCCAGUCUCACGGAGGCCGCCGCGCCUGGCGACGCGGCUGCCGCCUCACCCCAGACGACGGAGAACGGCCUCAGCGAAGAGCUGCUGAUCCAGUGGGUAUACGAUAUCAAGUAUCUCGAGCAGUGUCUCCGUGUAGACGGUGCUGGUAGUGCCGGUGGUGGUGGCCUGGCGGAGCUGGCCGAUGAGGUAGCUGGUCGUGCUGGGUUGGAUAAUGAGGCGCAGAACAAGCUGAGCAAGGCUUCGGCGGAGUAUUGGAAGCGGAGCAGCUUGCUGUUUGGGCUUUUGGCAUGAUGUUGUUGCUGCGGGAAGGAUGGGUUGUACGGAAUUUCAGGUGGUCGCUUGGAGAAGUGAGUCUAGGCGAGCCUAGCAGCAGCAGCAGCAGCAGCAGUAGCCAUACGAGCAAAUAGAGCAAGCACUUGAAGCACUAUCCAUCCAAUCUAAGAUCUGCUGGAUGGCGAUAUGCAAGACC